AUGCGUGCACUCCGGAUUGUGUUGGUGAUCAUGGGCCUCGUGUUGCUAACAUGCCCCGCUGCUCGUGGUGUUACCAACAUGAGCACCAAGACCGACACGGACAUGGACGCUGGCGACUCGUGGAACCAUAAAAGCCUGUUCGCUCAGCUGAUGGAGAUGAUAAAGCUUUCUAAGGACGACAAUGAGCUUAACCAGUCCAUCACAGAGAAAGAAAGCAAGAAACAUCGACUCAGAACUGAGAGAGGAGAGCAGAUACGAGAAAUCUUUCCCAGGGACCUCAGGAAGAAGAAGAUUUUAGAACACUUGACAGGUCCGUUAUACUUCAGUCCCAAGUGCAGGAAGCACGUGUACAGGCUCUACCACAACACCAGGGACUGCACCAUUCCUGCAUAUUAUAAAAGAUGUGCGCGGCUUCUCGUGCGACUGGCUGGGACUCCGACGUGCCUGGAGAGCUAACUUUAACCAGCAGGUUCAGGCCAAACCAGAGCGACAUGGAGGAAAGAAAAAAGUCAAGUGCCUUGUGGACGAGAGCAGGAAUCCGACCAAACCCUCAUCAUUCCAUCCUAUCAGCCGAACACGUCCAGAACGUGACUCUUCUUCUCCAGAGGAGAGAUGGGCGGUCAUAAUGCGGACGAGACGAAGUGACGGAGAAAAACAAACCAACCCGUGUGGGAACUCAAGGGAUGUACACAAACGCAGAGACAGAACUGAAACGGAAAGGGAACGCCUUGAAUACGACAGAAUACGAGAGCCUCGGAGAGUCCGUGCUUCACACCGUGGCAAAACGAGAGCUUCCUGCUUCACGUGUCGAAUUAUUUACGUUUUAUUUUGCUUUGCUGUUUACCAGCAGGGGUCUGAAACAGCCAGACGUUUGCAGACGAAGUAACUGUGAGUGAAAUAACACAUAAUACUUCAUAUAUUUUCAUGUACGUGAUGUUGGCGGGUGCAAACCAGAGGUCAGCGUGUCAAUACUGUAAAAACAACAACAACAAAAAUAUAUGUACGAUACCGUUCGAGAGAAGUAAAUAUUAAUGUAUAUACGUAUUUAAAGAAAUUAUAUUUAAAU